UAUAUAGCUGGUGGGUGGUACAUCAGCGAAUCCGCUACCAAUAAAUACACUCCAAAACCCACAUCUCCAUUUCUCAAGAAAAAAACAAUGGGAAACACAGUCCAAAAGCUCUCUUGUUUUGCAUCCAAACCAGAAGAGAUUUCAAGCUUCACAUGUGAGAUUUGCAUGGAUCUCAUGGCCCCAAGCCAACGGUUCAAAAACAAGACAUGCUCUCACCACUUAUGUUGUGAUUGCAUUUCCAAGUACAUUGACUCAAAGAUCCAUGACCACACAUCCAAUCUGCUCUGCCCCCACUUGGAGUGCAAAAAGAAUCUGGACCCUAUAUCAUGCCGUCCAAUCAUUCCUGCCCAGACGUUCGAUCGAUGGUGCGAUGUACUCUGCGAGUCUGCAAUCGCUGGGGCCUAUAAGGCCUACUGCCCAUACAAGACCUGCUCGGCGCUGGUGGUGAACGAAUGUGGAACGUCGAUGGUCACGAAAUCCAAGUGUCCAGAUUGCAAGAGGCUGUUUUGUUUUACGUGCAUGGUGCCAUGGCACGCUGGCUACAGGUGCGCUGAGGCUGGCGUGAAACGAGAUCGAAAUGACGUGCUCUUUGGGCUGCUGAUGGAGAAUAGAAGGUGGCAGAGAUGUCCAAGGUGCAAUACAUGUGUGGAGCUGACCUCUGGCUGUCGGGCUAUUACUUGCAGAUGCAAGCUUGUUUUCUGCUACGACUGUGGAGGGAAGUACACUAUCAGCCAUGCAUUUACUUGCAAAUCUCCUCGUGCAAGGUGCCAUGGCACAGCGGGUACCGGUGCGAUGAUGAGACAGGCGUGAUGAGAGAUCGAAACGAUGUUUUGUUUGGGAAGCUUGUGGAGAAGAAGCGAUGGCAAAAGUGCCCACAGUGUAACCAAUGUGUUGAGUUGGUUUCUGGCUGUGCUAUCAUGACUUGCAGAUGCAAGACCUUUUUUUGCUAUAUGUGCGGAUCAAGAUUCACUCUUUUACAUGCUUUCACAUGCAAGAAAAUAAGGUUUUGGUGUUUCUGAAAUAGGAAUUACAAUUCUAGAAAUACUCUUGUGAAAAUUUUAAAUUUUAUUUAUUUGAUACCACA